AUUGAUGGCGUCACAAAGGCGCCGCCGCUCGCAGCGCGCUCUGGGAGUGAGCGCGGCCGUGGCCCUGGCAGCGGGCGGAGCGGCCCAUGUCUUGUGCGCGUGGCGCCGGCGCUGCCUUUCGGUUGCCAAAAUUCAGGCUGUACACGGCGAGAUAACCCCAGCUAAGUUUAAAACCCCGGCUAAGCCAGAAGAGCCAAAGUGGGACCUCGCCAAGACCACUCCUCGCGCUCUCGGCCGAGAAUACCGCGCAAAUUCUGCGAGGUUUGAGCCUCGCGCCUCUCCGUUCCCGACCCCCGGCGUGGACACGUUCCCGCGCUUUCUGGCGUCAGGGGUCAGAGGGCACGUCGCCGCGCAGGAGAACGGAUCCGAGGCCGCGGCUGCCAUGGGCGAAGCGGGCGGCGCUGAGGAGGCCUGCAGGCACAUAGGUACUAAAGAGGAAUUUGUUAAAGUCAGAAAGAAGGACCUGGAACGGCUGACAACUGAAGUGAUGCAAAUACGGGACUUCUUACCCAGAAUACUAAAUGGGGAGGUGCUGGAGAGCUUCCAGAAAUUAAAGAUUGUAGAAAAAAACCUGGAAAGGAAAGAGCAAGAAUUAGAGCAGCUGAAAAUGGAUUGUGAGCACUUUAAAGCCCGCCUGGAAACCGUGCAGGCUGACAGCAUAAGAGACAAGAAGGAGAAACUGGCUCUUCGACAGCAGCUGAAUGAAGCGAAGCAGCAACUUCUGCAGCAGGCAGAGUAUUGUACAGAAAUGGGAGCAGCAGCUUGUACCCUCUUGUGGGGCGUCUCCAGCAGCGAGGAAGUCGUCAAGGCCAUUUUGGGAGGAGUAAGUAUGGAUAAAGCUUUGAAGUUUUUCAGCAUCACUGGUCAAACAAUGGAGAGUUUUGUGAAGUCACUGGAUGGUGAUAUCAAGGAGCUCGAUUCGGAUGAAAAUCAGUUUGUUUUUGCUCUGGCUGGAAUUGUAACAAAUGUUGCUGCCAUAGCAUGUGGUCGUGAAUUCUUGGUUAAUUCAAGCCGGGUGCUGUUGGACACCAUAUUGCAGCUUCUGGGAGACUUGAAGCCAGGACAGUGCACCAAACUCAAAGUGCUGAUGCUGAUGUCCCUGUACAAUGUAAGCAUCAAUUUGAAAGGCCUGAAAUACAUCAGCGAGAGUCCAGGAUUCAUCCCGUUGCUGUGGUGGCUUUUGAGUGAUCCAGAUGCAGAGGUGUGCCUUCAUGUACUGAGGCUUGUCCAGUCUGUGGUUCUGGAACCUGAAGUCUUCUCCAAGUCGGCCUCUGAGUUCCAGAGCUCCCUGCCCCUGCAACGCAUCCUGGCAAUGUCCAAGAGCCGCAACCCCCGCCUGCAAACCGCAGCCCAGGAGCUCCUGGAAGACCUCCGCACUCUGCAGCAUAAUGUGUAGGUGUGCUCGGCCACCAGGGUUUUGGUGAAAAUGCCGGUGUCCCUUCUCCUCCCCAGAUCCCUCAUUUGAUACUGCAAAACCAUCACCGUGUGCCAUGUGUUAGAGUUGUCAGAAUGUGAUUGACUAGAGAUGGACCUGAAUUGAUAUGUAUCCCACAUAACUUGCCUUGGAAGUGAGAGUACUUGUAGGUGGUUGGUUAAGCUUGCCAAGGAAGAGGACAUGAAAGAACCUGGCCUUGCAGAAAAGUGGUCCAUGUCUGCUGGCUGGAAGAGGGCUUGCUUAGGGCAGUUUCUUGCUACUCAAAAGACCAUGACUGAUAGGUUCACCUAUAAAACAGGGAAAUUAAAUAACCAUCUACCCCAUUGGUCAGCAUUUUCCUGAGAUACAUUUCUUUGAAAAGCAAUUCAUUCUCUCUCUAGUAAUUGUAAUCAAUCACCCCAAAAUGCAAGUUUACUUUUAUAACCUUUUGGUGAACCUGCUAUUUCGGAUGACACUGGACAUUUUAGUUCUAUAUUUUUUGUGCCUGUUUUAUUUUUGAAUAAAGAAAGUCAGAAGAGUUGUAUUAC